AUGUCUAGCCGACCAGUUACUCCAGCAUCUCCACGUAAUGUUCGUGUGAAGUCGCCUACGCCAGGUUCUCCUAUGUUUGGAUGCGAACACGUCCAGUUGCUCCUUUCACAAGGGCAGGAGGUGAUGAAUAGUUCGAUAGCACACUACAAGAUGAUUCUCCGUGGCAUAUUCGAUACGAAUCCAAUUGUUCCGCAGACAUCCACCAGCAAAGAAGGCCGGCCGAUCACCACUUUGACUUCAAAUUUUCUUUGUCUUCAAUGUCCAACGACAGUUUCUGAGGAAGACAGGUUGGGGCAUGGGAACAAAAAGUCGCAUAGAUUUUCUAACAACCAUGAAGGACGUAAGAGGAAACACGACGAGCUCUUCACCGACUCAAUCAAAGACGACCCGAGGUACAUCUCUUCCAAUACCACCCUCGCUUCGUGCCGUGCCGAUGGUCUUCGAGGUAUCUACAAUGCUGGAGCAACAUGCUACCAAAACGUUGUUCUGCAGAGCUUUCUACACAACCCUCUUUUACGGAACUUCUACCUCAGCGAUGGGCAUCAAAGCAACGAAUGUAACGUGCCUCACUGUUUGAGCUGUGCUAUGGAUGACAUGUUCCAAGACUUUUAUGCCUUGGAAAACACCAAUGGCUAUACGGCUGCUAAUAUCCUGUCUGGCUUUUGGAUUUCGGAGAAGAAAGCCUUCGAAAAUCUGGUUACUACCAAAGAACAAGACGCUCAUGAGUUCUUCCAAUUCCUGGCCGAAGAUUUGCACGAGCGGAAUGGCGAUGGCAAAAAGCCCGAGAUUGGGAGCGAGCACAGCUGUAAUUGCAUUAUUCACCAGACAUUCUACGGAAAGAUGCAAACGACGACAACGUGUCAAAAUUGCAACAGCUCUAGUAACACAGUACAAUCAUUUUUGGAUCUGAGCGUAGGGCUUGACAGCCUAGCGCAGAGGAGGAACAAGAAGGCAGGGCAAAAGAUACCUAAUCUUAGCCUCACUGACUGUCUUGAUGAAGAAUAUAUCAAAUCAGACAAGUCGCGACGUUACACAAGCGUUAAGCGCCUACCAAAUGUGCUCUCUAUACAACUCAAGCGAUUCGAGUACAAGCAAGGGCGUCAUGAUCAUGCCGCCUCAAAGGUCGACGUGCCGGUACACUUUCCGCUGCAGCUCAACAUGCUCCCAUACACAAAUCGGGUUCGUAGCCGUGACAGCCGGGAAAACAUGGAGCUACAACGAUCAUGUGUUUAUGACCUUCUAAGCGUCGUUGUUCACGUUGGGGAGCUCGAAACGGGGCAUUAUACUUCAUACUGCCGCGUAGGCGAUCAGGAUAUAUCGAUCUUGAAAAUCCAAAUGAGCUGGUCGAUGUCCACAUUGGCUGGGGACGUUUUUGAGGGUGACCACGUUCAUCCGCCUAGGCUCACUAGCCCUAGAGGGGCUUUAGGGGUAACCAGCCCCGUGGCUAUUAAGGGCACUAGCCCUAGAGGGGCUUUAGGGGUAACUAGCCCCGUGGCUAUUAAGGGCUUACACCUAUAA